GGACGUGCCCCGCGGCCGCCAUGGCGGAGCAGGAGAGCCUGGAGUUCGGCAAAGCCGACUUCGUGCUGAUGGACGCGGUGACCAUGCCCGAGUUCAUGGCCAACCUGCGGCUGCGGUUUGAGAAGGGCAGGAUUUACACCUUCAUCGGGGAGGUGGUGGUUUCCAUGAACCCCUACAAGAACCUGAACAUCUACGGGCGGGACACCAUCGAGCAGUACAAGGGCAGGGAGCUCUACGAGAGGCCCCCCCACCUCUUCGCCAUCGCCGACGCUGCCUACAAGGCCAUGAAGAGACGCUCCAAGGACACCUGCAUUGUCAUCUCAGGUGAAAGUGGAGCUGGGAAAACUGAGGCCAGUAAAUACAUCAUGCAGUACAUUGCAGCCAUCACCAACCCUGGGCAGAGGGCUGAGGUGGAGAGGGUGAAGAACAUCCUGCUGAAAUCCAACUGCGUGCUGGAGGCCUUUGGCAACGCCAAGACCAACCGGAACGACAACUCCAGCCGCUUCGGGAAAUACAUGGACAUCAACUUUGAUUUUAAAGGGGACCCAAUAGGUGGGCACAUCAAUAAUUACCUGCUAGAAAAGUCCCGUGUGAUUGUGCAGCAGCCCGGAGAAAGGAGCUUCCAUUCCUUCUACCAGCUCCUGCAGGGGGGUUCUGACCAGCUCUUACGUUCUCUGCACCUUCAGAAGGACGCAUCAGCCUACAGCUACAUCUGCCCUGGGGCACAGAUCAAGUGCUCCAUCAAUGAUGGUGCCGAGUUCAAAGCUGUCGCUGAUGCCAUGAAGGUGAUUGGCUUCAAGCAAGAGGAGAUCCAGACUGUCUACAAAAUCGUGGCAGCCAUUCUCCACCUGGGGAACUUGAAGUUUUCGGUGGAUGGGGACACGCCCAUGAUCGAGAACGGGAAGCUGGUGUCCACCAUCGCUGACCUGCUCUCCACCAAGGCCGACCUGGUGGAGAAGGCCCUGCUGUUCCGCACGGUGGCCACGGGCAGGGACGUCAUCGACAAGCAGCACACGGAGCAGGAGGCCACCUAUGGCAGGGAUGCCUUUGCCAAGGCCAUCUACGAGCGUCUCUUCUGCUGGAUCGUGACACACAUCAACGACGUGAUCGAAGUGAAGAACUACGACACCACAGUGCACGGCAAAAACACGGUCAUUGGGGUGCUGGACAUCUACGGCUUCGAGAUCUUCGAUAAUAACAGCUUCGAGCAGUUUUGCAUCAACUACUGCAACGAGAAGCUGCAGCAGCUCUUCAUUCAGCUGGUCCUGAAGCAGGAGCAGGAGGAAUACCAGCGAGAGGGAAUUCCCUGGAAGCAUAUUGAUUACUUCAACAACCAGGUCAUCGUGGACCUGGUGGAGCAGCAGCACAAAGGGAUCAUUGCCAUCCUGGACGACGCCUGCAUGAACGUGGGCAAGGUCACGGACGAGAUGUUCCUGGAGGCUCUCAACAGCAAGCUGGGGAAGCACGCCCACUUCUCCAGCAGAAAGCUUUGUGCCACGGACAAGACGCUGGAGUUCGACAGGGACUUCCGGAUCAAACACUACGCUGGGGAUGUGAUCUACUCAGUCACUGGAUUUAUUGACAAAAACAAGGACACUUUAUUUCAAGACUUCAAGCGCCUCAUGUACAACAGCUCCAACCCCGUGCUGAAGAUGAUGUGGCCUGAAGGGAAGCUGGGCAUCACUGAGGUCACCAAGAGACCUCUGACAGCUGCUACUCUGUUCAAGAACUCCAUGAUUGCCCUGGUGGACAACCUGGCACUGAAGGAGCCCUACUACGUGCGCUGCAUCAAGCCCAACGACAAGAAAUCCCCUCAGCUGUUCGACGAGGAGCGGUGCCGGCACCAGGUGGAGUACCUGGGGCUGCUGGAGAACGUGCGGGUGCGCCGGGCGGGCUUCGCCUACCGCCAGACCUACGAGAAGUUCCUGCACAGGUACAAGAUGAUCUCGGAAUUCACGUGGCCAAACCACGACCUGCCCUCGGACAAGGAGGCCGUGAGGAAGCUGAUCGAGUGCCACGGCUUCCAGCACGACGUGGCCUACGGCAAGACCAAGCUCUUCAUCCGCACGCCCCGCACCCUCUUCACCCUGGAGGACCUGCACGCCAAGAUGCUCGUCAGGAUCGUCCUCUUCCUGCAGAAGGGUCUCUCCUGUGUCACUGGCAGCUCUUCCCCCCAGCUCUGUCUGGGAUCCCUCCCGUGUUUGCUGCCGGCAGAUGGGGCCGUUGGAGGCUGGAAAAGGAGCAGCCAACAAUCACAGAUCACAAAUCCCAUCAGAGGAGGGGUCUGACCAGGCCCUCUCUGUGCUCUGAAAGCAUCGAGGCAGUCUUGCCUGUCUCUAAAUUUCUGCUCUCUGCUCGCUUUCAAUUGUUCAUUAAAAACUCACACAAAAAUUUAAUUCUUUACACCUUGUUGUGCCCUGUGGGUUUUUUUUGCCCGUGAGCACCAAAGGCUGAGGGAGGCAAACUGUGAGCACAACAAGGAGGAUUUGAUAUUAUUUUCAGUGAUUCAGCCUUCUGUUGCACUGGAGUUCCUCAGAUCUGAGUUUAGGAAAAGGGGAAAGCCAACUGGAGGUGAGAUGUGGUGACGAUGGGCUGAGGGCAGAUUAAGGCUCAGCCUGACAGCAGCUGAUCCCAGCCUGGAGCCCAGCAUUGCUUCCCUCUGCACAGGAAUGGGUGCAAGUUGGAAGCAUCCACAUUUAGCAGCUCUGUUUUUCCUGUGUAAAUGAACAGGCUCCUUUCUAAUGAAAUGCGUUCUGUGGCUUUCUUUACUGCUCCCCGAAAAAUCCCGAGGCUUUCCAGGAGGGGGGCAGUAAUUCCCUUCAGUGAGUGACCCUAAACCCUCCAAACAGAGCUGCU